AUGUUGAGUGAGGAAGCGGGAAAGAUUGGGCUUAUUAUUAAUGAUAAUAAAACCAAAUUUAUGAUCAUAUCUAGGAGAGAACCUCCACAAAGUGCUAUAACAAUAAAAGACAUGUCAUUUGAAAGAGUUUGGAACUUUAAAAAUGAAGAAGGUAUCUAUGAUAUAAGAUCAAAUAGAGAACUGAACGCUUUAUAUAACGAACCCAAUAUAGUUGCCACACUCAAGAGCCGAAGAAUAAGAUGGGCCGGACACGUAUGGAGAGCAAAAGACCAACUUCUAUGGACCAUCACGAAAUGGAAACCGAACAAAAGUAGACCAAGAGGAAGGCCUAGACAACGUUGGGUGGACCGAGUUAAGGAAGACAUUAGGAUGCUGGGAGUCAUGAAUGGAGAAGAACUGGCAGAACAUAAAGAAUCAUGGAGGGAGAUAGUCGAAGCGGCAAUGGGCCUAAAUGGCCUAGAGUAA